UAGCUUGACCCGAGUAAGGGCGCUGGGCUUCACUUUCGCCACUGCGCAGGCGCCUCCUACUCUGCGCAGCUAUACUAAGAGAGGGAGGCUUUGACUUCAUGCGCGAGAAGUCCCGCGGGUCACUUAGCCGCUGUCCCUCCCGGCAGCAGGUGCCCUCGGUCCUCGGGAGGUCAUCUAUGGCUCUCCAAGGAGUCCGAGUGCUGGAGUUUGCCGGCCUGGCCCCAGGCCCCCUCUGCGGCAUGAUCCUGGCCGAUUUCGGGGCCCAGGUGAUGAGAGUGGACAGGCUGGGCCCGGCCACCCCUACGUGGAUGGCCCGAGGGAAGCGAUCCUUGGCCUUGGACUUGAAGCGGCCCGAGGGGGCGGCCGUAAUACGCAGGAUCAGCCGCCAGAUGGACGUGCUGGCGGAGCCCUUCCGGUCAGGUGUCAUGGAGAAAUUUGGACUUGGUCCAGAGAUUCUGCGAAAGGACAAUCCAAGGCUUAUCUAUGCCAGAUUGAGUGGAUUUGGUCAGACUGGAAGAUUGUCUAAGGUAGCAGGUCACGAUAUCAAUUUUCUGGCCUUGUCAGGUGUGCUGUCAAAAUUAGGCAGGAGUAGUGAGACUCCUUAUGCACCACUAAAUCUUUUGGCUGACUUUGGUGGUGGCAGUUUGACAUGUGCAUUGGGCAUUGUGCUGGCUCUUUAUGAACGUACGCAGUCUGGCAAAGGUCAGGUCAUUGAUGCAAAUAUGGUGGAAGGAGCAGCAUAUCUAAGUUCUUUUUUGUGGCAGUCGCAAAAUGCUGGACUCUGGAGCCAGCCUCGAGGAAAGAAUAUGUUAGAUAGUGGAGCACCUUUCUAUGAAACGUACAGGACUUCAGAUGGGAAAUUCAUGGCUGUUGGUGCCAUAGAACCUCAAUUCUAUGCACUGCUGAUUAAUGGACUGGGAUUAAAUUGUGAUGAACUUCCUGAUCAGCUGAGUAUUUCUGAUUGGGAAGAAAUGAAGAAGAAAUUUGCAGAAAAGUUUGCAAAGAAGACACAGGCAGAAUGGUGUAAGAUUUUUGAUGGCACCGAUGCAUGUGUGACUCCUGUUGUGAAUUUGGAGGAAGCUGCCCUUAAUGAACAUAACCAAGAACGGGGCUCUUUUAUCACUGAUGAGGAUCAUAAUGUGAGCCCCAGACCUGCUCCUUUGCUUUCGAGAACACCAGCUGUUCCCUCUACCAAAAGGAAUCCACUGAAAGGAGAACACACUGAAGAGAUACUUCAGGAAUUUGGGUUUAGCAAGGAAGAGAUUAAUCAGCUUUAUUUGGACAAAAUCAUUGAACCAAGUAAACUGAAAGCUAAUCUAUAAACUCAUAAUUAUAGAGCUUAGCAGGUUUGAAGAAUAAAUUUGUGAUACAGAAUGAUAAUUAACACUUCAUACAUGGAGAUUGGAAAUUAUGGUAUUACAUUUGUUGGAAUAUCCUAAUCAGGCAAUAACUAGUAACUGAAAAAUUAUUUUGGUUGCACAGUUAUGAUAGAUUUCACUACAGAUUUUUCCAUGGAGACUUUUGGCUUAAGAAUGUUGUAUUUUUAGAGUAAUGCUCACAGUGGAUGAGCCUUUUAACUCAUCUUUUGAAUAUAUUUUUUAAUGUUAGAAUAUGAAAGUGCUUUUAAUGUUUUAAAUGAA